GUCCUCUUUGGUCACAGGUUCCCACUUUCUGCUUUGUGAAAACCUGCUGUGUGGAGCAGCAAGAUGUUGCGCUGCGAGAUUUUGUCUCCGUCAUGAUUAUUUCAAUAACCUCAUCGGUCAGAAGCAAUUCUAUGUACACCAAGGGGUUGUCACCUUCAACGUGGACUUUCAUACCAGGUGCACCGGUAAACGGAAAUCUUGGUGGCGCUGGCGUACCACAAUCAAUAGUGCACCACGUGCGCAGAUCACAUCAAUCUCAGAUUCGCCGCUGUCUUCACUGUUGGUGUCUGAAGACAAAUUGCCACAUGAGUUGCUAUCGCUCAAUUCAAGUAACUCCUCACUGUCGCUGUUUGCUAGCUCAUCAUAAACCGCUUUGGCGCUAGCAAGACGCUUUUUGGAAGCCAU